AUGGCGCCACCGCCGCGGAAAAGGCGGCGAGUUGACGGCAGCGGCGGAAAUGGUGGCAACUAUCCUCUCGUCGCCACCCCCAACGACGGCGUCCUGCACCCGGACCCGCACCUCGUCGUCGCCGCCUGCGACCGCCUCGACGCCGGCGGGAUCGAGCUGGUGGACGUCUACCUCGUGGGCGCGUCCGGCGACGUCGCCAAGAGGGUGCCCGCCGGGAGGUGCGACACGGACGCGGUGUCGUCGGCGCGCGACGGCGUGGCUCUCCUCGUCGGCAACGACCGGCGGCUCCGCGUGCUCGACGCGGCGGCGUCCGCCGCCGUCUCCCUCGUUCCCGACGGCGAGCACCACCCCAUCAACUGCUCGUUCACGCUCGGCCGGGCCGCGUCGUCGUCGGGAGAGCACAAGGUGCUCCGCAUCGGCACGGUCGUGCACGGCGAGCCGCAAGUCUGCGCGGUGCUCACCCUCGCCGUCGCCGGCGGCCGUGGUCAGAACGCGCGGUGGAGGGAGGCGCCGAGCCCACCGCUCGUGGUCAGAACGCGGCGCGGGGACGUGGCCGUCGCCGGCGGGGUCGCCUACUUCUUGCUGCGCCGCGCGUACCUCGCGGACCGGAUCGCGGCGUUCGACCUCGAGGCGGAGCAAUGGCGGCCGGCCCUCGUCGGCGGCCCGCCGCUCGCCGCGUGGCGCCCGACCCGGCCGGACCGCCCCCGCGUCACGCUCGCCGAGCUGGGAGGCUCGCUGGUGGUGGCCAUCGACGACCACCGAGCUGCCACCCUGGACCUGUGGUUCCUCCUCGCCGCCGGCGACGGCGAGCAGCACUGGUCGAAGCAGUACACGGUCACCAUGCCGUACCACCGGCGGCCAUGGCGGUGCGACGGAGAGAGGGCGGAGCCAGUGGUGGUGCUCGACGACGGGAGGAUCGUCUUCUGGGUGUGGGCCGGCGGCAGCGGCGGGACACGGCACGGCGGCGGCGUGAUGCGGGUGUACGAUCCGAUCACCGGCGGCCACACCGACGUGGCGACGGCGGCGAGGUGCGCCCACGUCGGCGUGUACACGGGGAACCUGCUGUCCCUAGUGUCGGAGUAGUAGUCAGUGAGCUCUCUGCCGAUAAUGAGGUGCACUACGAGCAGGUGCAGACUAUAAGCCAACUAUAGACAUAUAUCGAGGAGAUGAAAGAAGAGAGAUGAGCAGUGGGGCUACAGAUUUGUAGCCACCUGUUGCAACAUGAACCAUAUCGAGGAGAUGAAAGAAGAGAGAUGAGCGGCAGAGCUACAGAUUUGUAGCCACCUGCUGCAACAUGAAUUCCAAGACGAAAUGUGUGUAUGAUAGGUGGGACUAGAUAUUAAUAGUACAUUAUAUAUUUAUAGGUAACUAUUAUAUGAAUUGGCUAUUAAAUUGACUAUAGAUGAUUUAGAGACAGUAGUUGGCUAUACUAUUAAACUUCUCUAAGUACUUACGUGAACUUUCUACCAUUGCCCACGUUCAUGUAGAUGUUAAUGAAUCUAGACACACAUAUAUAUGUCGAUUCAUUAACAUAUGAAAUGGAGGACGUAGUACAUACAAUUAGAACUUCAAUUUCCAACGGCUACAUAUGUUUACUCUCGAUCAAGACCUAAAAGCACACCCUCGAACUGGCCUCUCUUUCAUAGGAACCCAGUCUUGUUCGAGUCAAUCUUAUUGAUGGUUAGAAGCAGAGUUCACACUUUGCUCUAAACUGAUGUCUAGCCAGUAGAUAGUAGAGAGGAAGGCUAAAUCCAGGUUAAUGUCCCGUCGCUCAAUUCAUCUUUUUCAUAAUAAGAUUUGAUUAUACCAUUGAGAGAAGUGAUGGAUUUUAUAGAGAUACGCCCAUAAUAAGUAUAUUGAUUCCUUAUAUUCUUAUAUAUCUAUUUGAUGUUUUGGUCAUCAAACCAUUGAGAGAAGUGAUCGAUUUUAUAGAGAUACGCCCAUAAUAAGUAUAUUGAUUCCUUAUAUUCUUAUAUAUUUAUUUGAUGUUUUGGUCAUCAAAUCGGUCGAUGCUAUACUACCAUAGAAUCAUGUCUAAAAAAGUGAAAACUAUUUACAAAUGCUAUUAUAUGAAUGUGUUUUUUUUAUUGAUAAGUCAAUUAAUAUCAUGUUGCAAAAUUACAUUAUAUUUUGUUUAAAAUUUGAGGACUGACUACACACGUUUGUUCUGGGGCAGGCGUACUGUCU